CAACCUCGCUUCCUUAUCCACACCAAUCCGCCACUCCCCUCCGCGGCAACCCCCCCGCGCUCCGCCACAGAAGCCGACGCCGACGCCGCGCGCGUACAUGCCGCCGCUCCACGCCGUCUCCCCCGCGGCGGCGGCCGCCCCGCCGCGCGCGCUCUCCUCCGCCGCGCGCGUCCCGCAGCGCCCAGGUUGUGUUCCAGAACGCCCAAACAUUUUAAGCUCCUCCACAAACUUCAUGAGUCUCCGUGCUGGACCAAUGCGCUUCUAUAGCAGGCCUCUUAUUCUUCAAAACUCGGACAAGAGAGCAGUAUUGAGGCAUGCCACUAUUGAAGAAAUUGAGGCAGAAAAAUCUGUCAUUGAAGACCAAGCUAGAGAAAGGAUGGAAAAGGCAAUUGAAACAGUCCAAAAUAACUUCAAUACUGUGAGGACAGGGCGGGCAAACCCAGCUAUGCUUGACAGGAUUGAGGUUGAGUAUUAUGGAACUCCAGUGAACUUGAAGAGCAUCGCACAGAUAAACACUCCAGAUGCAACUUCUCUCCUUAUUCAGCCAUAUGACAAAUCCUCCCUCAAGCUCAUUGAGAAAACAAUAGUUGCUGCAAAUCUGGGGGUUACACCAAGCAAUGAUGGAGAAGUGAUUCGAGUCACUGUUCCACCAUUGACUUCUGACCGCAGAAAGGAAUUGGCAAAAACUGUUGCUAAAUUAGCUGAAGAAGGCAAGGUUGCUAUAAGGAACAUAAGAAGAGAUGCCAUCAAAGCUUACGAUAAGCUUGAGAAGGAAAAGAAACUUUCUGAAGAUAACGUGAAGGAUUUGUCCGCUGAUCUACAAAAAGUUACUGACGAGUACAUGAAAAAGAUCGAAGCUAUCCAAAAGCAGAAGGAACAGGAACUCAUGAAAAUUUAGACACCAGGUUUUAAUCUUGAAAUUGGUGAGUUCAUCUUCCUGCGAAGUAGAUGAAGCCGAAGAAAACAAUGUCCUCAGCUAACACGGUGAAUUAUGCGGUCACAGAUUUCUUGAGCCUUUUCCAUCUUUCUGAUGGCCGGCAUUUUGCCGGAUGCAUCUUUUUGGGCUGGAGUGCAAUUUCAGACAAUGUUGCCGUGUCCUUCAUUUUCAUUUUUGUAAUUAUUGUGUGUACUCCGUGUAAAAGUAGGUCUUGACCUUAUCCUUGUUCUACCGCUACAUUGUCAAUAUUCCUCACGUGAAUUAAAAUGCUACAGUUGUGAAUUUAUCGCCACGCACUCUGAAGCAUCAACUACUGGUGCCAUAUUGCCAGUUA